AUGUCUUCCAACACUCGCUCUACCAAGAACUCUCCGAGGUCGGUCACAUCUUCAGAUGCCAUUGAGCAGUUAUUAACCCCUAGUUCCUCGAUGGAUUCUAUCAGGGCUACCGUUGGUACUGCAGGUGUUGAAGUCCCUAAUCCCGAAGGCCGCCAAUCGAACACACCUUCCGGCGUACUGGCUGCGCCAACUAUCCACCCGAUGGGUGUUUCGCCCCGCGCGGACUAUGGCGAUAGAAACAGGCCUUUGCCUCCUCUUCCCAUUUCAUCUUCCGCUGCAAUUACGUCCAGCCCAGCAAAGGCUGCUGACACUAAGAAGGAUACUACCUCUAUGACCGGGUCCUCAGGAAAGGUAUCACCGGAUGCUGCCAACGGUCGAAGCAAGGCAGGAGCGAGCGACAAAGGUCAGAGAAGUGCGAACGCAACUCAGUCUUUUUCCUCCACCCAAGACCUUGGUAAGAACCAGAUUAAGUUCCCCACCAUGGACGAAUCUCAAAGGCCUGCUGUGGCCCCGAUGCAGCGGCUUCCGGUGCGCCGUGUCCUUCGACGGCCUGAACCUUGA